AAGAAAGCAAGACCUUUACUGCAAGUUCAAGAAUCAGAUGCAUAUAGGACUUUAGAUCAGAAAAUUAAGGAAUUGUAAACAGUGAUAUUAAGCUUGCACUUUUUUUUUGUUUAGCAGAUAUGAAAAGUGCAGUGCAAAUCAUUGUUGCUGUCAUAACAAUUAUAGAAUUUGUUCUUAGAAAUUUUGCUAAUGGUUUCAUAGCACCGGUGAACUGCAUUGACUGGGUCAAGAGACAAAAGAUCUCCUCAGCUGAUAAAAUUCUCACUACUCUGGUGGUCCCCAGAAUUGGUAUGAUCUGGGUAAUAAUAGAUUGGUAUGUAACAGCAGUUAAUUCAGUUUUAUACAGGUUAGAAGAAAGAUCUAUAACUAUUGCCUGGGCAGUAAACAACCAUUUUAGCAUCUGGCUGGCUACUAGUCUCAGGAUAUUUUAUUUGUUCAAAAUCUCUAAUUUUGCUAACUUUAUUUUUCCUCUUCAAGUGGAUCUGGUGAUACUCUUGGGGACUUUGGUCUUUUUGGGUUUUCACCUUGCAGUGGUAAUCAGAGAUGACAGAAUGUGGAUGAAUGAUUAUGAAGGAACUAAGAUUUGGGUGACCAAAUUUAGUAACAUUGUGAGCCUUUCAAACCUGACUGUAUUCAUGCUAGCAAAGUUUAUACCCUUUACUAUGUCCCUGGCAUCUUUUCUGCUGUUAAUCUUUUCCAUGUGGAAACAUCUCAAGAAGAUGCAAUUCAAUGGCAAAGGAUCCCAAGAGUCCAGCAUCAAGGUCCACAUAAAAGCCAUACAAACUGUGGUCUCCUUCCUCUUGCUAUUUGCCAUUUACUUUCUGUCUGUAGUCAUAUCAAUGUGGGGUGCUAAGAUGCUGCAGAACAAACUGGUUGUUACGCUUGGCCUCGCUAUUGGAAUUGUCUAUCCUUCAAGCCUCUCCUUUAUCCUGAUUUUGGGAAACUAGAAGCUAAGACAAGCCUUUCUGUCAGUUG